AUGUUUCUGUGCUCUGGCACGAAUGCAACUUCUUCUUCGUUAUUGGAAAUUCCCCAAACACGAUGCGAAGUUCUAUUGCUUCUAGUUUUCAUCGUCAUUUCGAGCGGUCUGUUCAUUGGGCAACUCGUCGCUUCGAAAAAGGUAGGUCGGAGCUGGGAGUGUGCAAAACAAAGCUGUUUGGAUGGAAUCUACGUACCUAGCACUUCAUUUCUCUAUUUGACAACUUUUUCGUACAACCACUCCUCAGAGUUCUGUAGCUCAUCAAAGUUAUGCCAUCCAACUAAGUGUCAUGACUUGCAGCGUCUCAUCUGGAAACUCUUCCCCGAGUUCUGUGUCUCCAUGACUAUCGCCCCUCUCACUCACUGUUUUCUCUUGUGCACUCUACUCUUCAAGUCUCGAAUCUUCUCUUCGGAUGACCCGAUCGAAGACGUCUUCCGAAGAUACGUCCCAGUUGUCAUUGCAACUUAUCCAACGCUUUUCUUGCCUCCAGUCCCAUUCGCCUUAACUCUAACCCAUUCUCUAUUGCUAGUUGUCACACUGAAAAACUGGUACUUGUUGGGCUUCAAGGUUUCACGGUUAGUGGAAGUUGAAGCAUUGAGCUGAACUCUAAGAUGUUCUUUACUUGUAGCGGCAAAAUUAACUUUUUCAUACUCGCCAUGACAUGUGCUUUGUUCUUUCUUCGGUUCACUCAUUACGAUGAAGUGAGUCAAGCGAAACGAUUUGUGAUUACAAUACCCGUUGGCUAUAAAUUGCUAGUGGUACGUUUAGUUGGAAAUAUGAACGAAAAAGUGAGAAAUGUUCUUUAGCAAAUGGAUAUGUUCAAGUACGUUCCAAUCAUCAUAACAUCAGCAUGUCUCGUCAAAAAGCGCAACACCAUACGUGACAACAAACACGUGGAAAGAAUGACUCUCGCAGAAUACGCUCAUCUAGUUCAUAUUAUCGUGCAUUUGACAAUAUUUUGGGUGAGUCACUGGAAAAUAAAGUGGCAUUUUAUGAUGAAAACAAUUCAGAUAAUAUCAGUCAGCCAAAUCGCUCUGUCCAUAAACUGUCAUACUUCUCCAGCUGGGCGCCUUCUCGGAAUUCAGGAUUCGUGCAUUCUGCAGUAUAUUUUCGUGUAUUCCACGUAUCUUGUUCAGUGCAAACGGCUCAGAAAAGUGAUCAAACGAUGGAAUGUUUACGUGGCUCCCUCUUGACUUUUUGACCGGGUCUUGUUCUUGAUUUCCCUGGAAACGGUGUGUGCCGACGGCGCGCAUGGCGCAAUGGUAUCGUUUUGCAAAUCGAUACCGGUGGUUUUUGGUUCGAACCCCACACGACCAAAGUCUCUUUUGCUCGUUGAUAUUUCUUCGAUACUGGAAGUUGUCCAGCCAUAUUUCUAUUCCGGAAGCCAUUUCGCACAAGUCACCUGAGAAAGCAGGUGACGGAAAAUGAGAAGAACAGCUGAAAAUGUAGUGGUUGGCAGUUUUCAUUCUCGUUUCUCGAGUUGUCACCGGAAAUGUCAAGCGGCGACAGUUUUCUGAGAAUCAACGGAACUCGAUUCAACAUUUACGAUCCGCCGGUGACUAUGGAAGAAUUUCAAGUGCUUUUCGCAUUCGUACUCUUGUCUGCGGCACUGUUCAUAAGACUGUGUUGCACGAAAAAUGUACGUUUUCUUCAGCUUUAUGGGGCUAUUUAGCGUAUGUUUGUUUUCCGUUUUUUUUCGUUAUUUUACAUCGCUGAAUUGGAUUUUUUGACGUAAAAAAACGAAAAAAACGGAAAACAAUCAUCUUUUUCGCAGCCUGAAUAGGUAACCCCAUUACAGUUUUUGUUUCGAAAAGCACAAAUUCAGAAGAUAAUGCUCUCGUGCUUCCGUCAAUUCUGCGUGUGGAUGCCUCUCACCGUACUGACCCACUCGGUGUUUCUGUUCGGAUGCAUGUUCCCCAGUCUGGUGGUCUUCGCGGACUCGCCGUCCCGUGAAGUGUCUGUUCUCCGCUUAUUCAUCGUUUUUCUCAUCGCACUUCCCUCGGCCGUAAUCCCAACUGUUCCGUUCUCGAUCACUCUCAGUUAUUCUCUUUUUUUGACUUUCCAAGUCAAACCCGAUUCUUUCAUUCUCAAUUGUCGGGUCACGAAAGCUCGAAUCACAUUUCUUAUAGUCACCCUCUUUAUAUUUUUCCGCAUCGCUCGAUAUUCGGAUCAGAAUGGAGUUCGAUUCGUGUUUUAUCUCUCAUCUGCUCCGAAUUUGACUUUGGUACGUGCUAUGCGCCUUUAAAUUUUAAACGAAUACGGUAGCCGAUGAAAUUUCGAUUUUAAUGCAGAAUAAGCAAAAAAGACGCAUUUUUCGAGGGAAAUAAACAGAAAUUCGUAUUUGCCCCAACAUUUUCAACGCGAAGUGAUCCGCAUCGAAUUUAACGGCGCAGAACUCCUUGGCUAGUUAGGCUUACAGACACUGAUUUCAUUUUCAGGUGUUCGAUCUGCUCAAACUGAUUCCAAGUGCAAUUAUAACUUUCCAACUCUUCAGACGUUUCAACCAACUUUUAACCUCGAGAAGACACGAAAAGGUCGGCGCUCAAGAGUACGCCCAUCUCGUUCACAUUUCCCUAUUCGCAUUCAUUUCCUGGGUAAGUCAUAAAUAUUGAAAUGAAUCCGAAACGCAAAUAUUUCCAGUCCCUCUUCCUGACUCACACCGUUCUCUCCAUUCUCAGCUACGUACAAAACACAACGCCUCCGCACCGUGGAUGUCUUCUGGGAUUGGAAGAUUCGUGCAUAAUGCAAUAUCUUUUCGUGUUCUCCACGUUGAUUUCUGACUGUAAACUUCUGAAAUUUGUGUUCGACCGCUCGAAAAUUUUCCCAGUUGACCAAUAA